CGGAAGAAGACGACGACGACGACGAGUCUCUGUCCCCCCGCGUCGCGACGCAGCGCCGCGUCUCCCUACGCUGCGUAUAUUCCGUCUCUCCCCCCGCGCGCCUGACCGCCGGCCCGAUUGACACUGAUGCGGCGCGUAUCCGGUGAACAACCAAUUUUCAUGUGCAAAGCGCAUGUGUUUCACAUCGAUCCCAAGACCAAGCGGUCUUGGGUACCGGCGUCAUCGGCAGCAAUAUCGGUGUCGUUCUUUUACGAUUCCACCAGGAGCUUAUACAGAAUAAUCUCGAUCGAAGGAACAAAGCCUGUCAUCAAUAGCACAAUUACCCCGAACAUGACUUUCACCAAGACGUCGCAGAAAUUCGGCCAGUGGUCGGACGUCAGGGCGAACACCGUGUACGGCUUGGGUUUCGCGUCCGAGGCCGAAUUGGGAAAGUUCAUCGAGAAGUUUCACGAGGUGAAGGAAGCCACGAAGCUUGCCAGCGCCAAGCUGCAGUCCAACAGCUCUUCGGUCACGCCGGCCACCAGCGCGAACGUCAGCCCGAUUACGUCCCGAUCGGGUAUGCCGUCGUCAGAGCAGGAUCUCAUAGAUCCGCCCAAUUCCUCGAUGAUUAACUCCAACGUGUCGUCGAACAACCAGAAUCCGAAUGCCAAUAUGAUUUCCGCUCAGAACAGUGUAUCUUCGGUAAGCAGCAGUCCUUUACCUGGUAGUUUUCAGAAUAAACUGGACGACGAAUUGAAAAACGCAGUCCAUUCAAGAUCACAGAGUGUUUCUCAGAGUACAGAAAGUCCGCAACAUCAAGGGAAAUCGGGGCAAUUGAGCUCAACGCAAGGACAAUCGGCUGAGGUGCAGCUCAAGUAUGAAAACGACAGGCUGAAACUUGCUCUAGCUCAAAGUUCUGCUAAUGCCAAGAAAUGGGAGGUUGAAUUGACUACCCUUAAAACUAACAAUGCCAGAUUGACGAGCGCGUUACAGGAGUCCACGGCUAAUGUUGACGAAUGGAAGAGGCAGCUGCAAUUGUACAAAGAGGAAAAUGCCAAAAUAAAGCUUAAAUACGCCGACUUGGAAGCUGGUAAGAUCGCGGAAGGAAAUAGCGAGGCACUGAGAUUGAGAGUCGAAGCAUUGGAAAGCGAGCUGAGAACGCGAAACGAUGAAAUCAAAGCUCUCACUAUGGCCACCAAGAAUAAGGAUUUUGUGGCUCUACAAAAGGAGAAUGCGGAACUCCGCGAGAUGUUGAAUGUAGUUCAUGAACAAUUAGAACUUGCGUUGAGUGCAAAUAAAGUUCAAAAACAAAAUUUGGAUACGUUAAACGCCAGAUUAGCUGGCUACAUACAGGAUUUGGUAACGGUACAUCGAGAAAUCACAAAUACAUUGCAAACCUAAGUUUGCACCAUAGGGGAAACCUAAGAGUGCCUCUCUUAGGUCUUUUGUAUUUACUGUAAGCGCGAUGUACGAAUGGACGAUAUAGAUUAAUAACAAAGAGAGAGAGAGAAGUUCUGAGAACAAAGAGAAAAAUUGAGCAGAAAAAUUAUAGAAUACUGAGAUAAUUGUCUCGAAAAUAGUACACUACAGAAGAGAUUGCUCCCUGAACAUGUAUUUAAAUUGCAUCGACCUGACCUGUUUAAAACUUUCUUUCUUUCUUUUUUUUUUUUUUUUAAAGGUAAUUUUUGUGCCAUAAUCUUGCUAUUGUUAUACAGAAUAGGACUCUGACUUUACCAUCUGCUUUUUUUCCUUCUACACGGAGUAUAUAUGAUUUUAGAAACUACGAAUCCAGUUGAGUUUGCACUUGAUUCUGUUUCUAAAAGUUAAUUGGUUUUCUUACCAGAGUUAAAACAGAAGUUUCCCGUGCUUUUCUUUUAAACAAAAGUUCUGGAGAAUUUCAAGAAACCGACUUAAUGCUCACCUCGAUAUUAUUUUCCUAAACAUUGCAUCACGUGUAGAAAGUUUGUUGCAUUAUCCGCAGUCUGCGAGACGUGGUAAUUACUUUCCUUACAACGGUUAUUAGACUCUCAUUCUGGAACAUAGCAAUAACUGUUCAGUUAUUACUAUGUAGACUUUUACUGUAGAUAUAGUAAUAAUAGUUAUUACUACGGUCAUAAUUCGGUUAUACUGUAGUACAUUUAUAAUCGUGUUCUUAUUUGUAAUUCUCAGAAAUUGAGAAUUGAAAGAGAAUUGUAUACAUAUUUAACAAAAUGUGAAUACUAUUAAUGAAGUGCUGUUUCUCGACGAAUUCACAAGUGACUUAAUAGAAAACUGAAUGAGAGUCUAGUGAUUUAAGGAAUAUGAACUCAAACCACGUCACAUGUCGACCAGAUACUUAUAGAUACGGGUAAAUAAGGGAGAUAUUUGAAAACACUGUGGGACACAUUUAAAUAAUUUAAAUAUAAUUACAAUAUAAAGUUUUCCGUGGUGUUUUUCAAGCUUCGGAUAAGUACAAGAGCUUAAAGCUUUCUAUUGUAUUGAACGUUGUCUAAAUUGUUUAAAUCUGUUCCGAGUGUUGAAAUGUUUAGUCUCUCUAUGGAUCAUACAGGGUGUCUAAAAAUAUACAGUCAAACUUAUAUUAAAGUGGUCGAGCAUGUGAAGAAAGUUUAUAUUGAAUCUCCAAAAGUACUUCGUGAAUGACUUACAAGAAGUUGACGGUUCCCUGCUCUGCAAAACUGCUCUUAUCGCUUUCGUAAUUCUUUAGACGUGUCCGGCUAAUUCAGAAGCAAGCGUCAGAUAUUAUUUACACUUCCGCUAACUGAUUACAUUUAUUUAAGACAUUAGAAAGCUCCAAUAAACUUAUAUGAACUAUAGCAGACAAAUAAAGUGCUUGUAUAUAUAGAAAAGAAAUAUGGACAAUAAGAGUAAUCAAUUUCAAGCAAUUUAUAUAUAGGAACAAAGGAAAGAAAUGUCAUAUUAAUACCUUUUUUUAUAUUUCUUUUAUGUAUGUAAUUACUUUUUCUAAUCUACUUUAGAUUAAAUUUAAUGUUUUAUAAUGAUAUGAUAGUACAGUUUGUGUUACUUUUUUACUUUUCUACUACAUAUUCAAUUUUAGAACAAUUUUAGAUGUAAGACGACAAAGACAAAUACGAAAUUUUUGCAAUUUUUAGAAAAUGUUUGCAUAGCGUAGAUUAACUAAGUGAACAUAAUAAUGUCUUCUCUGGAAUGUCGUUUAAGAAUCGAUGCUUCACAAUAUGUAUAAGACCACCUUCGAAUUUUAUUGUGCAAAAUGCUACUCAUGUGUCUGACGAUGUGCGCAUCAUAUUUACCACAUUGGUACAUGAAACGGCAUGUGUCUGUGAUAAUUUUCAUCUUGAUAUUUUUCUAUCUACGUUUUUUAUAUGUCUUUGCUCUGGAUUGAACAUUUAUUUUGCACUUUUUUUUUUCAUCAAAUUCGGGUGUGAAUUACAUCUUGUGUGUAAAAAAUUAAUCGAUUUUCCACAAUAUGCUAACGUUUGCUGGUACAAUCUUUUUAUGAAACAUUUUAUGUAUAGCUUUUUCUGUCCAUAGGUGGAAGAUAUUUCAGAUGGUAAAGUUAGGUGUCCCACUCUGUAAAAGAUGCAUACAAUUAUUGUUGAAUUUGUCGUAUGCGAGCACCAGUCUUAUGUAUAAAAUACAGUAGAACGACGACUGUCUCAAGUGCGUGUUUGUGAGAGAGAUGUUUUCAUAAGAGCGUUCAUGCGAAAUAAUCCAUCUGGAUGAAAGAAAGCACAAGAAAGAAAAAUAAUAUUCUUCCAACAAAAGAUUAAGAUAUUUGGUAUCGGUAUGACAAAUAUAAUACUGCUUCCCUGAACGCAUUAUCUAAUAUUAAAGUACGCAUCCUCCGCCUCUCACACAACUACUGCGUUUCGAUGCUAGCAUAUAAUAUAUAUAUAGAGAGAAAAUAAUUUCAGGUUUCACGCAUUUCCUCUCGAUUGCAAAUUCUCUGACCUGGACGACUCUGGUUAAAGAAUCCGUAGAUAAAAGAAAAUGCAGUGAAGAACUUGAACGUUUUGUACAUACAUUUAUUUCGAUUUUUGAAUCCUGCAGUACUCGUGCACCAUGCCCCGUCGUAAAAUUUAUUAUCCACGCUCGCUUAUCAACACGAUCGCAUUAAUUUUGCAUCAGAUCGUAAUCGCAUUUGGCGCUAGAUCGUAAUAUAUUUUAAUUACAGAGAUAUUUGUUGUAGUUUACAUCAAGCUUGAGACUGUACGACAGUACUGGAGGGUUUAAAGCAAUGUUAUAUUUAUCGACGGAAUUAUAUACAAUCUUGUUAUUAGAGAGAGAAUUUAUGUUUUUAAGGAAUAUUAUACAUAUAUUUUUAAGUUUAUAUUAAACUAUUUUACGGAUAUUAUCUUUUAU